CUUGACAGAUUAGGGGUUAUACGCACUACGCAGCUACCAUCCGGCAUGUAAACAAAACUGUUUAUGUAGUAACGGCAGGACAGCGGCGACGUGUGCGCAAAACGAAAAUUAUGCGGUAAAGAGAUAUCAGUCGGAUGUCCCGAAACGGUGCCUUUUUUCCGAAAUGUAAAAUUAUAAAUGUAGCAAAGUGACAAUAUUGGCAAAUACCGUUCUUCUCAGGAAAAUGAAAGUAACGACGUUGAAGGGCAUCUUUCCCGACCCCAAGCCAGUCAGAAGGAAGAAUUUUAUUCAGGAAAAUGUGAAGAGUUUACGACGAAUGGAACAAUGCUUUCAAGCGAACAAGGAGGUGGAGGAGCUACAAAAGUUACAACUGAACAAGCAUCACAAGAAUACAGACAAGUAUCAGAAUAUACCGGCAAAGGUGGUCUCUAGCUUUCGGGACAAGAAGAAACAUGAAGGUUAUAAUGUUGAUCGAGUGUCAAAUGACAAGGUGGAAAUUGACGAACAACCUCAGGACAAGAAUAGGACCAAUGUAUUCGAGUACGAUAGAAAGCGUACUGCUUCUACUAAAAAGGUUAUUGAACCAGGAACGAAUAAUAAUGUAUCAAGCGAACAAAAGAGAACUGGCAAGCAUAAGAGUCAGCAGAAAUUGCAACCAAAGGUUUCGUCCGAACCAAAUGUAUUGCACAAAUCUGAUAAUGCUGCAAACAAUUUGGAUACACAAAGCACUGUUAAGUACAGAAAUCAGGGAAUUCAGACUUUAGAUACAGAUCAAUUAGAAACUAUAUACUCUGAAGGUGUUAUUCGAUGUCCAUCAAAGAAAGUUACAAAGCACGAAACGGCGAAUAACGGCGAUUUAAAUAAACCACAAGAGAAGACCUUGAGGAAACAAUCUGAUUCUCCUACAGAUAGAGGUGAUAUGCAUGGUCUUGAAGACUUGCAAAAAGUCGAUCUACGAAAUUCCAUGUCACCGGCGCUUAAAGAGGAGAUUGAUUUUAUUAAAUUGAAUAAAGAACGCACUUCUGUUGCUAACAAGCUGAUGACGCAACUUAACAAUGGCGUGCCACCUUCGAAUUAUCGCAAGGGAAUUGUGCCUAAAUAUCUUCGAGAGAGAAAAGAAGCACAAGAAAAGGAGCAAAAGGCCAAAGCAGAAGCAUUAAAUUCUGACUGUCCAGAGGGUCACGUGCCUUUACCUGAUCACGAACGCAAGGAGACGUUAAGAUUAUUAAAAAAAAAUUAUCAGGAAUAUGUCAACGAAUUAAAUAUGAUGCCCAUAAAAACGGAUACUCUUAGAGCACAGAGGCGCAAGAUCGAGAUAGAGAAGCAAUUGAAUAAACUGGAAGAGGGGAUCAAAGUAUUUUCACGUCCGAAAGUUUACGUGAAGAUAAAUGCAUAGAUUGAGUUCUGCAGAAGAAAGCAAUGUGUAUACGUUCAUAAAUGUUGAUUGUCCAUCCACGUUUCAAUCCAAAAUAUCAUAUAUUAUUUCGAGAAUCAAAUGUGACAAACGAUCGUAUUUUGUUGUUGCAAAAUGGCGAGAACUAGUUGUAUAUAUUUCUCAUUAAACUAGUCAAUUUUACAUAUGGUACAUAUCUAUAUGAAAAAUUGACUUGCUCGAUUGACGUCUAGCAUUAAAAAAAAUUCUACAAACAGAGAGAAAUACUAUUGAGCUAUUUUCAUACAAGCACAGUCUAAAUUUUGCUAGCAAUUAUGUAGAUGGGAAUAUCUCCUAUUAAAAAUAUAAAUAUUUUAUUUAAUAAA